AUGGGCCGCUCCUUCACCCUCUCCCUGGCCGUAUUCGCAGCCACGGGGUCCUUCCUGUUCGGCUAUGACAGCGGUGUAAUGACCGACGUGAUCGAAUCACCGAAUUUUCUCAAGUUUUUCAACACCACCCAGACCUCCGUCAUUAUCGGAGCCAUUAACAGCACCUUUUCGGGGGGAGCCUGCAUUGGCUCCCUCCAGGGAGGCCUGACGAUGGAUCGCUUCGGACGAAGGUUCACCAUCCAGAUGGGCGCCUUCAUCUGUCUCGUCGGCGCUAUCCUCCAGUCCUCCGCCAAGAAUCUGGCCAUGAUCCUCGUGGGUCGCAUCCUGGCUGGAUGGGCCGUGGGGCUCAUGUCGAUGUCCGUGCCGGUCUACCAAGCUGAAGUUGCCCAUCCUCGCUCCCGGGGGUUGAUUGUCGGACUGGCUCAGCAGAUGGUCGGCAUCGGAUACAUUGUCAGCACAUGGGUCGGCUACGGGUCCCUUCAUGCCCCCGAAACCAGCCAGUUUCAGUGGCGAUUCCCACUCGCCUUCCAGGCUGUCCCCGCCCUGCUGCUGGCCAUCGGCAUGUUCUUCAUGCCGGAAUCCCCCCGUUACCUGGUCGAAAAGGGCCAGUACGACGAGGCGAUGCGCAUCCUCCGCAAGUUGCACUUCGACGGCACCAACGAAGACUGGAUCCAAACCGAGUACACCGAGAUUAGAACCACGAUCGAGGCCGAGAAAGCCCUCACCGCACCAGGAUGGUUGAUCAUGUUCCAAGUCCCACAAUGGCGGACCCGACUACUCCACGGCGUCCUCGUCCAAGUCUUCACCCAAAUGACCGGCGUCAACGUCAUCGGCUACUACCAAACAAUCAUGUACAAUGCGCUCGGCAUCACCGGCAACCGAAAUACCCUGGUUGCCGGCAUCUACAACUGCGUCGGCCCCAUCACCAACUUCAUCUUCAUCGUGUUUCUGCUCGACCGGGUCGGCCGCCGAAGGCCUAUGAUGUUCGGGACAGUCGCCAUCGCCAUCGCCCUGAUCUGCGAGGCGGCUCUGUACUCACAGAACCUGGACGGGAUGAGACGGGGAUACAGUAUCGGGGAGGUCUACAUGGCGGAAGUGAUGCCCAUGCAGAUCCGCGGACGGGGCAACGCCUUCGCAACAGGCAUCGGGAACUGGGCCGUCAGUACCCUCUGGAGCCAGGUCUCGCCCAUCGCACUGGCCAAGAUCCAGUAUAAAUUCUAUAUCAUCUUCGCGGUGUGGAAUUUAUUCAUCACGCUGCCUACGAUCUACUUCUUCUUCAAGGAGACGAACCAGAAGUCCCUGGAGGAGAUUGACCUGCUGUUCGGGGGGCGGGCGCUGGGCAUGUUGCCUGAGGAUGUGGCGAAGUCGGGGUCAGGGUCUGGGGAGACGGAGACAGAGAAGUGCCAAUUAUUUUACUAA